AUGACCGAGCAGGCCGCUCCAUCGGUACCUCCCCACCGGACAAAACUGGUCAUCCGGCGCCUCCCCCCCACUCUGCCGGAAGAGAUUUUCUGGACUUCGGUCUCGCAAUGGGUCGACGAGUCAUGCGUGUGGAGACGCUAUGUCAAGGGAAAAGCUGCCGAUGGUGGGGAGAGGGCACGAUAUUCCAGAGCUUACUGCCUUCUUCCCGACGAACAAGCGGUAAUCUUUCGAACGGACUUUAACGGACAUGUUUACCGUUCCAAAGCUGGUGAAGAAUAUCAAGCACUCGUCGAACCUGCCCCUCUGCAGAAGACACCUAACAAACUGAAGAAGAUAGAUGUUCGGCAAGGGACUGUCGAAACCGAUCCGGAUUAUAUAAGUUUCAUAAAUGCUCUUUCUGGUUCACCCGAGCCCCCUCCUGAAGUUACUGCCGUCGCACCUGUUCCCCCACCGACGGAGACCACACCCAUUAUCGAUGCUAUACGAGAGAAAAAGGCUCUCAAAUCUCUUACGCAAUUCAAAGAGACUUACACUACUUUCACUUCUUCCAAGGCGUCUGAAGAUCGAGCAAAAAAGUUGGCUUUGGCAAGUGUCACCGCUGCCACGGAGAAACGCACAUCGGGACAAGUCGAUUCGGGAUCGGUGUUGGUUGCGGGAAAGGGAAGGGAGGUGACUUCAGUUCCUGUGCCAAAUAAGAAGAAGGAUGCUUCACCUUCAGGUAAAGAAGAUAAGAAAAAGGGACGAAAUAGGGGGAAAGGGAAAGGGGGUGGGGGUUCGCCAGCUAGAGCAGAGGGGAAGCCGAUGUCUGUGACUGCAGAUAGAUUGAAAACACCAACGACGCCGAAGACCAUUCAACCUACACAGAGUGAACCAUCUGUACCUCGACCCUCGACAGGUCCAUCGAAGACGCCAGGCAGAAGUACACCUUCUGAUCAUGGGGGAAGUGAUUCUGGGCGAGGAAGAGGGAAAGGUGGUCAGAAGGCAGGCCAUAAUGACGGAAGAGCAAGAGGUGGUGCAGGAGGAGGUCGGGGAAGAGGAAGAAGCAAGGAUAGAGCUAGUGAUGCGGAGGGUGCGGAGGGAUUAAAGGGGAGUAGAGGAACGAGAGGGACAGGAGGAGAACAGAGUAGACGGCUUCAUGCUGCCGUGACGGACAUUCUGAAACAGAAUUCAGAGGCAGAGCGUGGUGGAGGAGGUGGGAGAGGGAGAAGGGGAAGGGGAAGGGGUAGAGGGGGACCUGCAGGGGGAGCUGUAGAAAGUCGUAUUGACGAUUGA